AUGGCUUCCACGGAUGCAUCGCCGGCCGCAGGAGCGCCUCCUGCCGUCGAGCAAGUCAAACAAGCAGCAAAGGAACAACAGAUCGACCCCUACAAUGUCAGCGGAGGAGUCGACGAGAAUGGCAACGUGACUGCCAUCGACUACGAGGCGCUUCGCGAGCGCUUCAACACUCCGGCGCUGACGCAGGAGCAUCUGGACCGCUUCGAGCGUGUGACGGGAAAGCCGCCACACCGUCUGAUGCGCCGCAAGCUCUUCUUCAGCCACCGCGACUUCGACAAGAUCCUCGACUACUAUGAGAAAUACGGCUUCUUCCUGCUCUACACCGGCCGUGGCCCCAGCAGUGGCUCCAUGCACCUGGGCCACGCCGUGCCCUUCCUCUUCACCAAGGAGCUCCAGGACAUCUUCGACGUCCCUCUGGUGGUCAUGUUGACCGACGACGAGAAGUUCCUCUACACACGCAACAAGAACCAGGGCAAGAUCACAAAGGGCGCUGCCCUCGGCGACUUCAUCGAGUACGCAAAGCAAAACUGCAAGGACAUCAUCGCUCUCGGCUUUGAUCUAAAGAAGACCUUCAUCUACACCGACUACGAGUACAUGGGCGGCCACUUCUACCAGAACAUCACAGAGUUCGAGGCUCUCCUCACAAACAACCAGAUCAGAGGUGCCAUGGGCUUCGACGGCAGCACAAACAUUGGUCUCAACGCCUAUGCCGCAAAGCAGUGCGUUGCUGCCUUUGCUUCCUCCUACCCUACUCUGUUCGGCGCUGGCGACUUCCGCGCUCCCAAUUACGACGAGGCUCGUCCUCGCAAGCACAUCGCCGCUAUUCCUACCUUGAUUCCUUGCGCCAUUGAUCAGGAGCCUUACUUCCGUCUUUUGCGCGAGAACUGCGACCGCAUGGAGUUCCCUGCUCCCAAGACUGCCCUCAUCCUGUCCAAAUUCUUGACUGCUCUGCAAGGCAGUGGCGGCAAGAUGUCUGCUAGCGACCCCAACUCUGCCAUCUUCAUGUCCGACACUCCCAAGCAAAUCGAAAAGAAGAUCAAUCGCUUUGCCUUCUCUGGCGGCGGUAUCACCAAGGAGGACCACGAGAAGUACGGCGGUAACCCCGACGUUGAUGUCUCGUAUGCCUACCUUUCAUACUUCCUCGAGAGCGACGACGAACUCAACGAGAUCGAGCAGAGUUACCGUAAGGGUACUCUCUCGACUGGUGAGCUCAAGAAGCGCUGUAUCAAGGAACUGCAAAAGUUCGUUGAGGCUUUCCAGGAGCGUCGCUCAAAGGUCACCGAUGAGAUCAUGCGCGAAUUCAUGACCCCUAGAAAGCUCGAGUUCAAGGAGGCCGUCACCGAGAAGAAGCCCGAGGAAAAGCAAGAAAACACUUCCGGCAAGCUCACAAAGGGUGAGCGUAAGGCUCUGAAGAUUGCAGAGAAGAAGGCCGAGAAGUUGGCUCUGAGAGAGAAGGGUCAAGAGGGCGAGGACUCCAAGGAGGACGAGGCAUAG